CUCUACCACAGUGUGGUGUGUGGAGGAGAACGUCGAUUUUCAAAAGCUAUCCGCUGUCAUCCUUUCCAUCAUGCAUGUCUCCACCCCAUUCACACUCCUCUUGCUCCCCCUCCUCGCCCUCGCCCAAGACCUCUCCCACAUCAAAGUCCACGUGACUCCCCUCAGCCACACCGGCAACCGCUGUCUCGGGACCGACGAAGCCAUCCUCUCCACGGGCCUCAUCUCCAACAGCACAGGCCCCGUCCUCUACCACGCCCUGCCCUUCUUCCGGCCGCUUUUCGGCUCCGGCAUCGCCGCCUCGGAACAGCGCGCAAUGUGCCAGGUCUACCUCAACAUGACAUUCUCGGAGCCCAACACCCGCGUCUACGUGAACACGUACGGCAUGGAUAUGCGCGGCUACCUGCCGCUGACGGAGUAUCAGCGGGCCACGUUUAAGGUGACGUAUGAUUGGGUGGACACGUUUUUGCAGGCGAGUAACCAGCUCGAUUUCGUCGGCCCACGCGAGGGCAGGUUCAGCAAGCACUUUGGCGAAGAGUGGUCGGAUCGCGACGUCGUUUCGCCGUGUGACGGCGGAAUACUCAGAGUGAAUUACCAGGCUCGCGGCCAGAAUUCAAAGCCGGAAGUUGUAAUGGAUCCUCCGGUUGAGGAUGAAGAAUGGUCAUUCGCCACAAGCAUGUUGCUGUCGAAGUGUUAA